AUGAGUACACACUCGGACGUUCCAGGCCUUAUACUUGAGCAGGCACAGGAGUCAGAUGCCCAGCGCAUUGUUGACAUUCAUUUCAAGGCAUUUAGCUCUAAUCGCAUGCUUCUAGCCCAGUUUCCAACGGCAACUGCUCAGGAUGGACUGAAAACGUUCCUGAUUGACCUGAUAAUACAGGAGAUCCGGGACCCGGGCUAUGCUGUAUUCGUCGUCCGGGAUGUUCAGGGCUGUCUUGUCAGUUUUGCACGGUGGUGUCUUCCAAGGUAUACCCCUGGCCCGCACAGAGAGGCACCGUUGCAAUUACCAGAGGGCACAGAUAUGGAGGUUCUGAAUGCAUGGAGCGCGAGGGUCCUGGAUGUGACACGGAAAGCUAUCGGAGAUACGCCGCAUUAUCAUAUGACCUUCAUUGCUACCGACCCGAAGUACGAACGUCGUGGUGCGGCGACUUUACUCGUGAGACAGGCUCUUGCGCAAUGCACUAAGGAAAGGGUACCUCUAAUCCUCGAGGGUACAUUGAAUGCUAUCCCAUUUUAUAUGAGGCUCGGGCUUGUUGACGAAGGGAGUAUAUCAAUGGAUCUAGAAGGUAUUGAAUCUAAACAUGGGUCAAGCUUGUACGAGGAGCGACUCUUUGUCUUCAGGUCAUACCCUGUGGUGAAUUAA